ACAAGUUGAAUUUUCAGCGAAAUGACUAAUAGAAGAUAAAUUUGGCCGUUUUGGCGAGAUUCAGGACAAAAGUCGAAAUGUGUGACAUCGUUUGGCCAACCAUUGCUAUUUUGUCCCUAAUUUCCACAAGAUGCGCAAAUUCCAUAAAGAUUCCAAAACUUCACACACUAAAAGGAAUAGACAAUGGGAUAUAUACCACAAAUGGGCUAGAAUAUGUACCAGUGUUCAGGGUCGUUGCUAACAAUGGCUCGAAUUUGACUUUAAAUUUCAAGAAUGAACCGAAUGUCCUCUUUUUCUUGGAUCCGAAGGAUGCAAUCGAUCUCAUGACUGAACUAUCGCAAAGUUUUCCAAACGGAAAUGCCAUUACAAAAUUAAGGCUAUGUGUAUCGGAUAUGAGAGAAUGGUUUGAUUCAGUGGACCCUUCUAGGAAACACAUCAAGGGUGCAAAAUGCAAACUAGUACCAUCUUCUCGCCAGCUUUUAAAGACGUAUGACUACAUGCAUCCGGCAGAUGCAAAUUUCGUCCCUCUCUUUUACUCAACAUCCAUUGUUUGUGGUAACAGAGGUGGAGAGUCUAAACCGGACAUUCUCGUAUUUUUCGAUUUUAACGACUUGAUAUCGCAAAUAAACACUCUAAAGUCUCCAAUAGAAAGGGAAUAUGCGCUUAGUAACAUAAAGGUAACCUCACUUGUAGACCUUGUACUGGACAAUAAAUUGGGAAACGUCACUCUGGUUCCAAGUAGAAAAAGCCUCGAAUUUUGCAAAAGUGAGAGGUAUUCGGAUACAAAGUCAUCGACAUUUCUCGACGAUUAA